GUACUUUAUACUAUCUCAAAAAUUUUAUAUACAACCUUGCGAUGGUAUGUGUUUGAUCAAAAAUAAAGCCUUUGUAUAUUUUAACUGUUGGUGUACAUAAGCCAUUUGGAAAAAAAUCGACCACCAACUAUAGCCUAUCGAGGUAUAGCCGUUCACUUACAACUCGUACACCCGAACACCAUAUAUAUUCGAAGCUGUGGAGGCGCGAUUUUUAUAUUAAUUCAUAUGUCAAAUCUGUAAUCUAGUAGAACGGAAGGACGUCAAAUUAAAGUCGUAUCAUACCUAUAAGUCAAGUGUCAGAUGAACAAAAACAAAAGUCUGGUGCUGUGUAGUGUGUACUAUCUAUUGAUGUAUGAUUUCGCCAGUUUUCAAUGUCGCGCUUCAGUCCUUUCUUUACGUAUAUUUUCGAUGUUUCUAGGCUUGGGAAAAUUAUAAAAACCUACAUUUGUGAAAUAUUUGUAAAGAAAAUUACAAAAACUUGUUAUUUUUUUGGUUUUUGUAUAUGAAAACUAAUCGCAAGCACUUUGAGUGUAUUCAAACAUUUCUACCUAUAUACCUAUAUGCUCGUAUAUGUAGAUGGCGAAUGAACAAAACAACUUAUAUACUACAAACCAGAUGCAGGGUGAGAAAUGAAAAUAAAAUCGUUACUCAACCAUUUUUACCAUGAAUUCGACAGAGUUGAAACCAGCAGUAUAAUAUUUUUCGUUAUUUUAGUUUUUGUUUAGUGUUAUACCUACAUGGGUACAGAAAAUUUUGUAAAUCUAGCAAGUGUUUGAAGUGAAGAAAGUUAUUUUAAAUUGUUUAAAGAUUUUUCUUUAGAUAUUGUUGACAUUAGACGCUUUUGACAUUAGUGAGAGUGGUUGAGUUUCACCUCGUCGUCGGUGUGAGCGCGGGGGAGCGGCUGAACUUUUCAGUUGUUAUUAUUUUUGAUUCAACAAUGCAUCGAGACAUUUUUGGAGGGGAAGGAUAUAAAGGGCAAACGCCACCUCCAGGAACUUCAUCGAUUGGCGUUAAUUUAAGAGUGACUGGCCACUGUAGUCAAGGUGGGCGAAAGUACAUGGAAGAUUUUUUCUCCGUGGCUUAUCAUGAAUCGGAAAAUGCUAAUGAUUUGGAAUAUGCUUUUGUUGGAAUAUAUGACGGACAUGGUGGAAGCGAAGCAGCAAUGUUCGCCAAGGAGCAUUUGAUGAUGGGAAUUAUUAAUCAAAAAUUGUUUUGGUCCGAUUCCGAUCAGGAUGUAUUGAGGGCGAUACGUGAAGGUUAUAUUGCCACACACUACGCUAUGUGGAGAGAGCAAGAGAAAUGGCCAAAAACUGCGACCGGCUUACCAAGUACAGCUGGAACAACUGCAACAGUUGCGUUUAUUCGUCAUGAAAAAAUCUAUAUUGGUCACGUUGGAGAUUCUGGAAUUGUACUUGGCUACCAAAAUUCAGAUGAAAACUUUUGGCGCGCUAAACAAUUAACAUUAGACCAUAAACCAGAAAGUGUUGUUGAAAAGGCAAGAAUUAUGGAUUCUGGCGGAAAAGUCGUUGCUAAAAGUGGAGUUCCACGAGUAGUAUGGAAUCGCCCUAGAAAUGGACAUAAAGGUCCAGUCCGACGCAGCACUGCUAUUGAUGAGAUACCUUUCUUAGCCGUAGCCAGGAGUCUAGGAGACCUUUGGAGCUAUAACUCAGCUCUAAAUAAGUUUAUAGUUAGUCCUGAUCCAGAUGUUAAAGUCAUUAAAAUCAAUCCAAAUACUUUCAGGUGUUUAAUUUUUGGUACUGAUGGUUUAUGGAAUGUUGUCUCCCCUGAAGAAGCAGUAGACACUGUUCGUGAUAAAGAAAUUAUAAACGAACACGUCAGUAAUUUGGGUGUUGAAAAAAACGCUUGGUGUAAUCCUAGUAAAGGUCUCGUAGAUAGAGCUCUUAAAACAUGGAGUUCGAAGAAAAUGCGUGCUGAUAACACCUCAGUUGUUACUGUAAUCCUUUACCCGCCUAGAUCUUCCACACCAAAGCCGAGCUUAGUGAGUAAUUUUGCAAAUGGAUUGCAUUAUAUUCCAACAGAUGCAGCCGUAAAUACAGUUGAUGGUUAUUCACAAAACUGUUCUCAGAGAUUUCCUCCAACUGCGGAUUGCAACCAUCAAUGCCACCUCUACGAUACAGAUAUUCUUGAUGAAACGCAUCAACUACCUCAUUAUGAAACCAUUGCUUCGUCUCCUGUCAUGCGUCAGCAUUUACAACACCAGUUACCAACUCAGAACGGGUAUAUGCAAAGCUGUUUUGAUAGAAAUAGUUUUGACUAUGCCAAAAACUACCAAAUAAAUUGUGAUAACAAUCGUUACUUGUACUACGAUGAUCAUGGGAGCAACACCUAUGUAAACAGUUUUGCAGAAUCAUAUAAUUCAUUAUUGAACUCAAGCUUGGAGCGAGAAGACUCCAGCCUCUCGAAUGGCAGCAUUGGUACGAGUGACAUGAGUAGCGACGAGAGUAAUGAAAGCGAUCCAAGUAAAUAUCACAGUUAUGACAGCUUACAUCAUACUGGAUUGGCUGGACACGAUAGAGUACAACACCACUAUCCCAAUAAUGAAUACCAAAUAGAACAGCAGUUAUAUCAAGAACAGUGCAUGUCGGCGGAAGAGGGUUAUUCCUUGACAAAACUAGAGACUCGUGUUGAACAACAACUUCGGGGAGAUACUAAUGAACAAAUGGACGCUUUGACAAGUGUUCAAUCAUUCCAAAUUUUCGGUGGAGCAACGAGUGAAACACAAUUCAGCAAAAAUAAAAACAAAUAUCAGAAGGAAUACAAUGGCAGUGAUAUUUCGGAUUCGAACUUCUUAUGCAGCUUCGAAGAUAAUGCAAGAAGCUAUGAACCGAAUAUUGACGAUACCAGAUGUAGAGACUUAUCACCACCGUUACCAGAAAACGUUAUAAGGACGACUUCUUUGAGUAUUGAAAGAUUAGAUACUACCGCAUUUGAAAGGCUCAAUUUUAAUUCUAUUGAACGACCUAUCAAUACCAAGGGGAUUGAAGCGGAUAUAAAAAUGUUAAUGGAUGAUACGGUUGAUGAAACCAUUCAAAUCUAUGAAAUCUCGUCUAGUGUUGUUGAAGUUCCUCCUUCACCACCUGGUCCACCCGAACUAUCCACACAAUCUGUUCCAAAAGCUAUUAAAGAACCAUCUUCGACCGUUUCGCAUGAAAACUUUGACUUCACACCACUCAACAAGCCAUCUGCACACAAGGUGGUUCUCUAUCCAAAUGUGCCUAACGAAAAUCAUCGAAAGCCACGUGACACUUCCAUACAUCAACAUCCAAGAACUUUUGAAAAGAGAAUGCUUCGCAGUAUGACAGUUGAUUAUAGUAAAAGAACUCUCCGCUCUCGAAACAUUCUUCCCAAGGACAUGAAGUUAAAAAGUACUCCUAGCACAAACCUUCGGAGGUCGACUAUUGUGCAAAAUAAUUUCAUUAAAAGCUUAAAAUCUUCAAACGCAGAAAACUCCUCAUCCUUGAUCUGUAAAAAAAGUUUAACGCUUAGAUCAAGGGAAAUAAAACUCAAUAGCGGAAUUUGGUCAGAAUCCAAUGACGUUUCAAGGUCUUCUUCUUCUUGCAGCCAAAAGCAAAAGCGGAAUUCAAAUUUGAGCUCUUUUUGUGAUAGCUCUGAUUCCACAAAGGAAUCGAUAACAACAGGAAAUAAAAAUGAUUGCAUGGUUACACCCACACUACGUAAAUCAACUGAAGGAAUUGCGACAUUAUCCACGUCCCAUCAUUUACAGCAGCAAGUAUCUGUUUCAUUUGCUAAGAGAUCGAACUUGAGGAACAGCAGGUGGGGACCAGGAAAAACGACGAUGCUAACCAGAAACCGUGUUCAAAAGCGUAUGACUCGAUAAUACCAAAAUAGGAAUCUCAGUUUUAUUUUAUGGAUGAAGUAAGAUUAUUAAGAAUUCAGUCUCAUAACAAUGACCCCAAAAACAAGGACAACCUUAGCUUAACGUUUCGGAUACAAUGCCUUGCAAUUUAUUAAGGUAAAACUAGUUUUUCAGACUAACAAAAAUCACUUCAGUACAAAAUAAGAUUUAAGAACUCCCGUCCUCCAUUACUUUCAAAAUUAAAUUGGAAUUCUUAUUUCUUACUUAUAUAUGAAAAAUAGUAGAGUUUCUGCAUAAGUAUUUAUUUAUGUUUUAUAAGCCGAUGUGUGAAUUACAAUUUUUGGUACCACUCCGUUUUAUAUGUUUGGUAUACUUCAUAUACUUAACUUAAUAAUUUAAGUGAAAGAAAUGUAAUGAAUAAAUUAAGUAUUAUUUGUUAAGUAUUUUUAAUUCUAUUUUCAAUAUUUUGUUAUAAAUAAUUAUGAUGCAACAUGUGUGCAAAUGAUUGUAUAUUGUGCGUUAUGUUAUUUUUUAACAGUAUGAAAGUGUGUGUAAGUUAAGAUUUUUUUAU